AUGAGUGAAACUAACCCGUCUUGCUUUCUAUAUGGUCCUGGGGACGCCAGAUUUGAAGACCGACCUGUCCCUCAAAUCGAAGAUCCGCACGACGUCAUAGUCAAGAUCGCAUACACUGGUGUCUGCGGUAGCGACGUCCAUUUCUGGACUGAAGGCGGUUUUGCAAGAAAGGUCAGCGAACAGCACCCUUUGGUGAUGGGCCACGAGGCUUCGGGCGUAAUUCAUAAAGUCGGCCCAGCGGUGUCACAUCUCAAGCCAGGUGACCGAGUGGCCAUCGAACCAGGUUUCUCAUGCAAGAGCUGUACUUACUGCAAGUCCGGCCGGUACAAUCUCUGCCGUAAGAUGAAGUUUGCUGCAGAUCCGCCCUCUACCCACGGAACACUCUCGCGCUUCUUCAAGAUCCCCGAAGAUUUUGCUUAUAAACUUCCCGAAUCUAUCAGUCUUGAAGAGGCCGUUCUUGUUGAGCCGCUGGGAGUCGCUGUUCACGGUGUUCGCCUCGCUGAUAUACGUCCUGGUCAGAAUAUCAUUGUCCAAGGAGCCGGCACUAUCGGCUGUCUUACCGCGGCGACUGCCAAGGCUUAUGGCGCCAAGAAAGUUAUCAUCACUGAUAUCAAUGCUGAAAAGCUUUCCUUCGCGAAAGGCGUUGUGGAAUGUCACACGUUCCAAUCAAAAUCAAACGCAACGCCUGAACAAGAAGCUGCCAGAUUGAAACAAGAGGCAGGCUUUGAACUUGGUGCUGAUGCCGUCCUAGAAUGCACCGGAGUCGAAGCAUCAGCACGAUUGGGCAUAUUUUCUCUGGCACCAGGCGGUGUCUUUGUUCAAAUCGGACUGGGUAAGGCUAUUCAGGCAUUGCCUAUUCACGCCAUGUGCGAGAGAGAAGUUGUUAUGAAGACUUGUUUCCGAUAUGGGCCAGGUGAUUUUGAAAUUGCUCUUGGACUGCUCGAGUCAGGAAAGAUCUCUGUCUCUUCAUUCAUAAGCAGUAUUGUGCCAUUUGAAAAGGCACCCGAGGCAUGGGACCGAACUAUGAAAGGAAAGGGGAUUAAAAACAUCAUUAAAGGGGUGGAAGAUUGA